UACUGAACACAUUGUACGGGAUAGUCGUACACACAGUAACUCCUAAUCUGAGCGAGCAGACGACACACCACGAUGUAGGGAACACAGGGAGCAAGUGAAUAGUAGGAGUUUUCCCAAGUCCAGUAUCAUAGAUAAUAAUUUAUUUUUCUCCAUUUCAAAGUUGGACAGACUGAGAAAAGCUGAUGUGUUUACAUUAGUUUCGACAUGGAUGGAAACUAUUAUACCGCAGUAUUUCUACUGUGGAUUAAUUUCUUCCUUAGGAGAGAGGGUCAGUGUUACGACUUGCCACAGUUAGUGCCGUGUCCAUCAGAGUGUGACGUCACCAAAUGUUCAGUUGUCCAGUACUGUACGGGAACAAUCGUCAAAGAUGCUUGUGGCUGCUGUCCGACAUGUUCUUCAGACAUGUGGAUCCAUCCUAAAUACCCAAUAAUCAAAAAAGGUGGAUCCUGCGAGCAGGUUAAAUGUCCAAAAUUCAAAGUAUGCAUGGAAAAUAUGCAAGGACUUCCAUUGUGCACGUGUCCAAACAUUCUGAUAUGUAAACGGCGCAGGCGCAAUACCAAGGAAGUGUGCGGAAGUGACGGAAAUACCUAUUAUUCUCGUUGCCACAUGAGAGUGACUGGAUGCACAAUGAAAACAAGGCUGAAGGUCAGACAUAAGGGCCCGUGCUCACCAAAUUCAUAUAUGGUUGCCACGCAACAAUAUGGUGGCCCAGUGAAAUACCCGGAUAGUGAAUAUGAUUUACGUAGACGAAGAAAGAAGAACAGACGAAGGGACAAACGUAAACAAAAACAGAAAAAACUUAGACGACGAAAGAGACGUUUUAGGAAAAGAAAAUAUGAUUAUCAGCGACACCGAAGAAGAAAGACGAAGUUUUUCAAAAAUAAGAAAAAGGUAGCGAAAACCUCAACGGAAAAAAGACUAUCAGAAUAAACUUUGUGAUAUCAAAAACAGGUUCACGAAAUCACACACAAAGAUAAUCAAGAAAAACUAGUAAAAAGUGUCCGGCAGAGUUUUGGUUAUAUGUUUUUAUUUUGUGGGUUUUUUUAGAUGGGGGCUUUAAGAUAAUUUUAAUCUUUUUUGAACUCGAUUUUACAGACAAAGAGUUUAUAAUUUCUGUUCAGUUCUUAGAAAAGUGAAAGAAUGUUAGGAAAGUACAUGCAUAAUAUGUAAAGGAAAAAGCAUACUUAAAUUAAGCACAAACAGUUAAAAAGAUGUAUUUUAUCUUACACCAAUCAAUUUGCUGCUAAGCAUACUUUAAACACUGUAAAAUGUCUUAAUGGAUUUCGUUAGAUCGUUGGAGCUGACUUUGUAUAAAAUGAAGAUUGAAUUUAAGAAAAUUCGACAGUCGAGAUUUUGCUAUGAAGUAUUUGAAGAAUUUAAACAAAGGAAUUUACUCGAUGCAAAACGAAAUUGACAUUAUAAAAAUCGUUUAGAAUUGUGUUGAACCGGAAUAAAUUCCACAGACUGAAAUGGAAUUUGGGCUGGAGCGAUCGGGACAGGGAGUAAUAUGUAGUAGGAUUUAGUUUGGAUAAGGUGAUAGGCCAGUGAGAUUUUGGUAUUUUGUGGUCCUGUGAUAAGUGAGCUGGACCUGACAAGCUGUAUAAAUGUCUAAAGGCAUGUUGGGAUACAUUUUCUUCGUGGACAGAUAUUACAGUUUAGAACUACUCAUUGACUCAAUUUAUUUUAUUGGUAGGUUUUUCCCUUUUUUAAAUAUAUAUUUUUAAAUUUCUAAAAAAAUAUUGUGUUUUCUUUAAUAAGAUUUUUUAUUAUUUGAGACCUUUUUUGUGUAUUAUGAUAAUUAUGAUUAUGUUGAUAUUGCUGAUCAGGAAUACCAUAUCAAGAAGACAAACUAGGUUACUAGUUAUACAACUAGCAUACCUUGAACACUAGUACUCAACAGUAUUGAUGGAAACGUCUUUCCUCUAACAUUUCCAUAAGUAAAUAUUCUUAGAGAGAAUAUCUGUCGCUUUGGGAGAAAAUUGUCCCAAGAUAGUAAAUCAAAGUAGACUUAAUGCCUAGGAGUACGAUAUGUGCCAGUUGCGAUUUUGAGUGGUAUAUUAUGGAGUUUAAGAUAAAGUGUAGAGCUGUAUGUAAAGAGCGGAUUUGUACGAGAAAAUUAGUGUGGAAUUGAUUGCGGAAUGGAGUAUGGGGUUAUAUGUGAAGUGUGCAGGAAUGUAAAGUGCACAGUUUUAUGAGAAGGUAGGGGCAGAGUGUAGUUGGGGGUUCAAUGUGGAGUUGUAUGAGAAGUUCGGUGCGGAGUUGUGGACGAAGUGGAGUAUGGAGUUCGGUGUGGAGUUGUAUGAGAAGUUAGGUGCGGAGUGGUGGACGGAGUGGAGUAGGGAGUUCAGUGUGGAGUUGUAUGAGAAGUUAGGUGCGGAGUUGUGGGCGGAGCGGAGUAUGGAGUUCAGUGCGGAGUUGUAAGCGAAGUUAUUUGCGGAGUUGUGGACGCAGUGGAGUAUGGAGUUGUUUGAGAAGUACUGUGCGGAGUUGUGGACGGAUUGGAGUUAGGAGUUCAGUGUGGAGUUGUAUGAGAAGUUAGGUGCGGAGUUGUGGACGGAGUGGAGUUAGGAGUUUAGUGUGGAGUUGUAUGAGAAGUAAUGUGCGGAGUUGUGGCCGGAGCGGAGUUAGGAGUUCAGUGUGGAGUUGUAUGAGAAGUAAUAUGCAGACUUGUGGACGGAGUGGAGUUAGGAGUUCAGUGUGGAGUUUUAUGAGAAGUAAUGUGCGGAGUUGUGGCCGGAGCGGAGUUAGUCGUAUGAGAAGUAAUGUGCGGUGUUGUAUGUGGAAUAUGGAGCUGUAUGUAUAGUGCAUAGUUGAAUAUAGCGUUGCGUGAGCAAUGUUCUUCAUCCGUUUGUGUACGUCAUGUGAUGUAAAAGUUAAUUAAAAGUAAAACUUCAUGUUAAUUA